GGUUGAGAGCUGCUCGCGUUGUCUUGGUGAGUACAAGAUGGCUCGGACGAAGCAGACAGCUCGCAAGUCGACGGGCGGCAAGGCGCCUCGCAAGCAGCUGGCCACCAAAGCGGCUCGCAAGAGCGCCCCGGCCACGGGCGGCGUGAAGAAGCCUCACCGCUACCGCCCGGGCACCGUGGCGCUGCGCGAGAUCCGCCGCUACCAGAAGUCGACGGAGCUGCUGAUCCGCAAGCUGCCUUUCCAGCGCCUGGUGCGCGAGAUCGCGCAGGACUUCAAGACGGACCUGCGCUUCCAGAGCUCGGCCGUGAUGGCGCUGCAGGAGGCGAGCGAGGCGUACCUGGUGGGGCUGUUCGAGGACACCAACCUGUGCGCCAUCCACGCCAAGAGGGUGACCAUCAUGCCCAAGGACAUCCAGCUGGCGCGGCGCAUCCGCGGAGAGAGGGCUUAGCCGCCGCCGCCGCCGGUCUCACUCAACCCGCUUCACCAACCCAAAGGCUCUUUUCAGAGCCACUACAAUGCAUCCUGAGAAGAGCUUGAGAUUCUCUUCCCUACCCCUGUACCCCGACUUGUGAGUUAGUACAAAGUGCCUCUGCACUGCGCUGGGAGAGGGAGCGGCGGAUUUCAGAUCACUUCCUGUAUACAUAAGUGUCCCCGUUUCUGCUUUAUGAAGCGCCAUUUUGGGAACGGGAAGGAAUUGGUUUGAAUUGUCACAACCCGAUCCUUGACUGGUGGAGGAGCGAAGGGCUUGCCUUAAGGUGCCCUCGAGCUUCACUUGAGGUUUUUAAUUGGGUAGCUUAAAACGGGGUGGAGAACCUGGGGGCCCCAGAUGCUGUUUUGACUUUACUCUGCCGUCAUCCAGAACCAUUGACCACGCUCCUAUCCUCUGCCAGGACUUGCGAUCUUCCUGUACAUCUGCAGAAAUAUUUCCUCCUGGCGAACAUGUGAAUCAUCCGAUUUCCAAAAUACUCAUGCCAGAGCGAAUGUAUUUUUAUCACGUAUACACCUACCCUGUUCUCCCUCUGCCCU